AUGACCUCUAGCAGUAUCAGUUCGGUUUGUGUGUACUGUGGAUCGAGUUUUGGCAGCGAUGAAAAGUAUGCGAAACAAGCGGCCAAAUUAGGGGAACUGUUUCACAAGCUGGGAUGGAGAUUGGUCUACGGCGGUGGCACGACGGGUUUGAUGGGCACUAUUGCGUCGUCUGCAAUGGGGCCAAAGGUGGACGGAAAGGUUCUAGGUGUCAUACCAGAUGCGCUCGUGUCCAAGGAGAGAGAGCCAGUGAGCGAGGAGGAAUGGAACGCGAAGUUGAAGGAAUCGGUUGAUAACCAUCAGGGCGCAACGCCAAUAUCAUCAAAAUAUGGCGAGACUUGUAUUGUCCCAGACAUGCACACGAGAAAGAGGAAAAUGGCGGACGAAAGUGACGCCUAUGUCGCGAUGCCAGGUGGCUACGGAACGCUGGAAGAGAUAAUGGAGUGUAUCACCUGGUCCCAAUUGGGCAUCCAUGACAAGCCGAUCGUUCUCUUUAAUAUUGACGGAUUUUACGACAGCUUACUGAGCUUCAUAAAUCACAGUAUUGAGCAAGGCUUCAUCAGUAAGAAGAACGGUGAAAUUAUUCAGGUUGCCCAUACGCCACAAGAAGUUGUGGAAAAGAUUUCGAACUACAUCGUUCCUGAAGGCAGAUUCAACUUAGCAUGGAAAGACGAGUGCGAUAAGGGUCAUUGA